AUGUCCAAGCUGAGUCUGCUACUGGAGGACUUAGAGCUAGAAAAGUCCAAGCUGAGCCUGCUCCUGGAUGACACAGAGAAAGAAAAGUCCAAGCUGAGUCUGCUCCUGGAGGACUUAGAGCUAGAAAAGUCCAAGCUGAGCCUGCUCCUGGAGGACUUAGAGCUAGAAAAGUCCAAGCUGAGCCUGCUCCUGGAGGACUUAGAGAAAGAAAAGUCCAAGCUGAGUCUGCUCCUGGAGGACUUAGAGAAAGAAAAGUCCAAGCUGAGUCUGCUCCUGGAGGACUUAGAGAAAGAAAAGUCCAAGCUGAGCCUGCUCCUGGACGACUUAGAGAAAGAAAAGUCCAAGCUGAGCCUGCUCCUGGAUGACACAGAGAAAGAAAAGUCCAAGCUGAGUCUGCUCCUGGAUGACACAGAGAAAGAAAAGUCCAAGCUGAGCCUGCUCCUGGAUGACACAGAGAAAGAAAAGUCCAAGCUGAGCCUGCUCCUGGAUGACACAGAGAAAGAAAAGUCCAAGCUGAGCCUGCUCCUGGAGGACUUAGAGCUAGAAAAGUCCAAGCUGAGCCUGCUCCUGGAUGACACAGAGAAAGAAAAGUCCAAGCUGAGUCUGCUCCUGGAUGACACAGAGAAAGAAAAGUCCAAGCUGAGCCUGCUCCUGGACGACUUAGAGAAAGAAAAGUCCAAGCUGAGCCUGCUCCUGGACGACUUAGAGAAAGAAAAGUCCAAGCUGAGUCUGCUCCUGGACAACUUAGAGAAAGAAAAGUCCAAGCUGAGCCUGCUCCUGGACAACUUAGAGAAAGAAAAGUCCAAGCUGAGCCUGCUCCUUAACAAAGCGUUACAGGAAUAAUCAGAGCUACAAGUGGAGAACAAGUUUUUGGAAUAGGAGAAAAACAAGCUCCAGCAGCUCUUUACUAAUGAACAGCAAAUCAUACUUCAGCU